AUUUGCAAAGUAGAAGGGAAUAUUUGUCCUUUUUCUCAAGUAUUUAUUAAUGAUUUUAUUGUCAUAUAUGAUAUACAAUGAAAAGUUUUGAAAAAAAAUAAAGUUUAAAACCUUCAAAUAACCACUUUCCUAUUUGCACCCAAAAAAAAAACGCUUUCCUAAAAUAGUAAGUCUAAUUCGGCGGAGACAACAAUGGAGAAUCCCAUAAUUUAAUCCGCCAUACCCAACAUUUCUUCCUUCAAUUUUUAUUAAUUAACAAAAUUUAUUCUCAUUUCUAAAGAAAAAAAAAAUAUUCUUCAUUUCUUUAAUGCCUUGUUCUUCAUCAUCUCCAGUAUUUUCUCAAAUUUUUUCAUCAAAUUCAAAUGGGUCGAUCAAGAAACCGGGUCGGAUCCAAAACGGAGGAAAUCUGACCCGACCCGUUAGCUGUGGAUCACUGAAACUGACACCCAAUUCGCCCCUCUCAAAUGGGUCGAUUUCAGCUGGUGGAAUUGAGCUGUAUACAGUGAGAAAUUCAGCUGUAAAGAAACCGGGUCGGUUCAGUAGAAACGGGUCAACCCGAUCCAUGAGCUGUGGAUCGAUGAAGCUGACACCCAAUUCGACUCUCUCAAAUGGUUCGAUGUCGCCUGGCGGAAUGGAGCUGUAUUCAGUGAGAUAUCCAGCAGUAAAGAAACCGGGUCGGGUCAGGCAAAGCGGAAGAAUCGGGUCGACCCGACAACCCGUUAGCUGUGAAUCACUGAAACUGACACCCAAUUCGCCAGUCUUAAAUGGGUCGGGUUCGGUUUACACUGGUCGAGAUCCGAAUGUAAAGAAACCGGGUUGGUUAAGGCAAAAAGCACCACAAGGGGAGAAAUAUGAAGAGGUGAAAGAGACCCUUUCUGGGCUUAAGCUUCACACUGUUUGUGAAGAAGCUCAGUGUCCUAAUAUUGGAGAGUGUUGGAAUGGUGGUGGAGAUGGUAUUGCUACUGCUACGAUUAUGCUUCUUGGUGAUACUUGUACAAGAGGUUGUAGAUUUUGUGCUGUUAAGACUAGUAGAAAUCCUGCUCCUCCUGAUCCUAUGGAACCUGUUAAUACUGCUAAAGCUAUUGCUAGUUGGGGUGUGGAUUACAUUGUCUUAACUAGUGUUGAUCGUGACGAUAUACCUGAUGGAGGGAGUGGCCACUUUGCUGAAACAGUCAAAGCCAUGAAGUUGCUCAAGCCUGAUAUCAUGGUCGAGUGCUUAACUUCUGAUUUCCGUGGUGAUCUAAGUGCCGUGUCUACUCUAGUUCACUCUGGAUUAGACGUUUUUGCACACAACAUCGAGACUGUGAAACGACUUCAACGUAUUGUUAGAGAUCCUAGGGCAGGGUAUGAACAAAGUCUAUCUGUGCUUAAACAUGCAAAACUCGAUAAGAAAGGGAUGAUAACAAAAACCUCUAUCAUGUUGGGACUUGGUGAAACUGAUGAUGAGCUGAAGGAAGCCAUGGCUGAUCUAAGGGCCAUAGAUGUCGAUAUUUUGACACUGGGUCAGUAUUUACAGCCAACCCCAUUACAUCUUACCGUCAAAGAAUUUGUUACCCCUGAAAAGUUUGCUUUUUGGAAGGAAUACGGCGAGUCCAUUGGCUUCCGAUAUGUUGCCAGCGGUCCCUUGGUUCGAUCUUCCUACCGAGCAGGAGAACUGUUUGUUAAGACUAUGGUGAAAGAGAGUGCCAGACAUGCACAAACUAUGUCACAAUAAUUUGCUGUAUUGUCCAUACACACACACACAAGAAGCUGCAAUUAAUUCUUUUUUGAGGGAUCUGAACAGACAAUACUAUGUAGUCACAGCUUUGAGCUUUGAUCAAUGGAUGACUCUUACAGUCUUAAACACUGCGUACAAUACGCCCUUCUGGUCCGGUCCUUCCUUGGACUCCGCGCAUAACAGGAGCUUAGUGCACCGGGCUGCCUCCUAUUUUUUCUAAAUUGAUGUACUCUUUUUUCUUUUUAAUUCUCGUUAUUUGAUUAUGUAUACAAAACUAGAAUAGUUUGUUAAAUCAAUUUCUUUGAUACGAGUAGAUGUUUGGCAAAUAUGUGGAAUAAGUAGAUGUUUAGCAA